GCGUUUCGUAUAGAUUGUCCCCUUCGUCUUUCCGAUGUGUUGUUAUUGAAAAAAGUGUCAUGGUGGCGAUGAACACUAAACAUGUACAUUUUACUUGCAGAAAACGAUCUGAAUCAUUUAAAUUUGUUUGUGUAAUUUAUUUAGUCCUUUUCCAGCGACCGUAAGCCUCGACUACAUUACUAUACCGAUAAACUUCUUCAUAAACAUCUCUUUAUAGACAGUUCAGUGCGGCUGUCGCAUGAAUGUGCAGCAGCUGUCAGCUGAACUCACGCCUGUCUGAUCAUGACUGACACGCAGCGAGAUGAGGAGCUGCGACCGGUUCCGAAAGAGCGAGCCGUCCUCGAGAGUUUCUUCACCCAGCUCGGCAUGUUCUGGUUCGACAGGGCAAAGGAUUAUGUGGAGAAGGAGAAGGACGCCAGUAAGAGCGCAGGGGCCAUCUGGGCGUCAUUGCUGGCAGCUCUCGCCCACCUGGCAGCUGCAGAGAAAGCCUACCACAACAUGACUUUCCUCGGGCAGAAACUGGGUGGCCAGUCAUUCUUCAGCCGGAAGGAUUCCAUCAGGACCAUCUAUACAUCUCUGCACAAUGAACUGAAGAAGGUGGUCUCCAUGGGCCGUCACACAUCUGGGGGAUCCACACUCAAUCUGGAAGAUCUGCUGUCGCAUUUGUCCGAGCAGCUCUGUCACUUCACGCAGGCCAGAAUGGAGAUCGCUGAUUUCUACGAGAAGAUGCAUUCCCUGGGUAGCCAGAAGACAGUCAACUCUGAGGAGCUUGUGAGCACCCUGGAGACCAUUUUGCAGAAGAACAGUUCCAGAUUUCACCAUCCAAUCCUGAGCAGUCUUGAAAGCAGCUUUCAGGUGGAAGUAGACAUUUUGGCGGAACUGUUGCGAUGCCAGGCGCAGAUCUCAGAGUGGCACUUCCUUCCAUCUCUGCUAAACCUGCAUGGGGCACAUUCAAAACUGCUGGCGUGGGGUCAGGUUUUCGAACGCCAACGUGAGACCAGAAAAAACCUGUUUGGAGGCCAAUCGCAGAAGGCUGUGCAGCCACCACACCUGUAUUUGUGGCUACAGCGUCUCCAAGCGGCUCUCCUCGCCAAGUUCAGCUUCUACUUCCACGAGGCCCUCAGCCGACAGACGUCUCAGUCCGAUAUGAAGACCCUGACGGCUCGCACCUUGCCCGAUUACUUCGGCAAGAUCUCUGGUUUCAUUCGCAAGCACGACGCUUCUAAUGUCUCGUUGAUCUUCGACAACCGUGGCUCGGACAACUUUCAGGGACACGGCUACCAUCAUCCGCAUUCGUACCGUGAAGCCCCUAAAGGUGUGGACCAGUUUCCUGCUGUGGUGUCACUUCCGGGUGGGGAGAGACCGGUCACACAUUGGCCUAAUGUUAUCAUGAUUAUGAGCGACCGAUCCACUGAGCUGAACGCUCUGGAUAAGGUGGUCCAUUUCUACGACGAUAAAGUCCAAAGUACAUACUUCUUAACAAGGCCUGAACCCCACUUCACUAUAGUGGUGAUCUUUGACGGUAGGAAAUCUGAGAGGGACUCGCACAUUGUGGCAUUCCUACAGGAGCUAACGGAGUCGUUGAUGAACUCGAAACCCUUUACUACGCUCAAACCAGGCUCCAAGGGCUGAAGUUCAUAAUUAAAGUUCAUAAUUUCAGUAUAACAAAAAUAGACUUGGUUGUCCAACCCAAAUAUAUAUAUAUUUAUUUUUUUAAAGAAAUUUCACACACUGUAAAUAUUACUAGUAAUCUCAAACUGUAAAAACAAAAUUGUUUACUCAACUUAAGCAUAAGUUUUUACUAUUCUUACAAGUUUUAAUUAAAGGAGACCUAUUAUGCCCCUUUUUACAAGAUGUAAUAUAAGUCUCAGGUGUCCCCAGAAUGUGUCUGUGAAUUUUCAGCUCAAAAUACCCCACGGAUCAUUUAUUAUACAAUGUUGUAAAUGCCUCUUUUUGGGUGGAAUCAAAAGCAUGCUGUUAUCGUGUGUGUCUCUUUAAAUGCAAAUGAGCUGCUGCUCCCCGCCCCCUUUUCGGAAGAGGGCUGUGCCUUUACAGCUCGUGCUUCGGAUACUAUAGCAACAAAUCAGAACCAAUAUGACUGACACCGUAAAUACCGGAGUUCAGCCACAUAUGUAUGAGCAACCGUAAACGAUGCAAAACAUAGGCAUUUUGAGUUUGUGAUAGUGCUUCUUGUGUAGAAAAUCACUUCCUGCCCUCCAUCUGCAUUUCACGCCACAGCAACACAGUGACGUGACGUCAUGUGCAAACAAGCUAUAACGACAUAGCUCUGGUCUCCGUGAAUACAAUCAGAGACAACGGUAACUUUAGCUGCAUUAGCCAUGGAAUCAGGUAACAAGCACAUUCGGAAAGGCGAUUUGCAAACAUUCACAAAAUAUAAAGUGCGAUACUUACAUCUUCAAGAUAUAAAGCUGGAACACGAACAGUUGGUACUGAUCCAUGCUUGAGAGUCAAAUUUUUUGAAAAUCCUGCUUUAAUAUUGACCCGAAUUUUGUUAUGUUUUGGAGUGGUGGUGGCGUAGUGGACUAAAGCACUGAGCUGAUAAGCAAAAGGUUGUUGGUUCAAUCCCCACAACUACCACCAUUGUGUCUUUGAGCAAGACACUUAACUCCAGGUAGCUCCAGGGGAACUGUCCCUGUAAUAAGGGCACUGUAAGUCGCUUUGGAUAAAAACAUCUGCUAAAUGUAAAUGUUUUGGGGCACAUUUUCUUCAAAAACAAAAUUUGUCCACUGCGUCUUCAGUGGCUCUGAUGCCGGGAGUACAUGAAGACUCUUAUGUUCACUUUUACAGCCUACAACAGAACACGUAUGAUGCUUAUGAAGCCGAGACAUUAUUCUUCUCACUGUAGCUGCUCCAGUGUGGAAUAAAAUGGCGGACUGUGUCGAUCACUCAGGGGAGGAUCUAUGAUAAUAGGGUGGAGUCCGUCACCAGUCGUGGGCGAGGCCUGCUCUAAAGUGACGUCACUUUAGAGCGGAUACCAAAACCAGUCAUUUUGAGACACUGUUUUUGAUUAAUAGAAAUAUAAGAAAGAGGAGUGGGUGGACUUUUAACAUUGUAGGGUGGUUGUGUACACACACUGCCGACUCACAUUUAUGUUCAAACACCACGUAAAAGUGAAUUUUGCAUAAUAGUUUGCCUUUAAGUACAUUUACCCUCUUAACCCUAAAGUUGUCAAUAAUAAAAACAUUUAAGUGGUCCUAAUUAAAAAGUACUUGAAAUGUCACAUUUUGGAAUCAUAACUCAAAUAUAUUCUGUACAUUCUUUAAACUUUGGCUUUGAGUACUGCUAACUCAAAAUGAUCGAGUACAAAAUUGCAGCUGUGUGGAAUACCCAUAACCCCUUGCACCUGAAUAAAUUAUGAAUGUUUGGUCAAAACAAGGGAACUUAUGUAGAAAAAUAAUCAUUCUUAUUUGAAAAUGUAUUUAGUUUUAGUUCUUACGACUAUUGUUGUUGUUUUGUUGUAGCUGGUUGAUAAUUGAGAUGGAGUCACCAUGAGGGUGAUUAGUGUUUCCUCUGGUGAACUUGGAGCCUGAUAGGUUUAAGCCAUUCUUCUUUACUCAAUUGAACUUUACAAAAGUGCAAAUUUAUGUGAGCUAAGAAGUACUGAGUAGAAUCCACUGUGCCAUAUGGUUAACCAAGAUUCCAGUCAUAAUUUCCCCCUUACUGUUAGAUGUGAUAACCCUGUUUAAAUAUUUAAAUAUACACAACUAUACUUUAAUCACAGAUGAGUUAAGUUUACUUGUAACUAGUCAACAUUACAAAAAAAUUAGUUCUGUUUACUUGAGCCAACUUAGUACAUUUAUUAGACAAAGCAUACAAACCGAUUGCCUUGAAAUAUCUCAAUAUCAAUUCGCCUCAUUUGCAUGUCCUAGCAUGUUUAAUAGAUCACUGAUGUUCUUUUUAUUCAUUGUGCUGCUGAAACAGUUGUAGAAUAUAAUCCUUUUAUCCCAUUUCGCCUUGAAUGAAUAUUAAAGAGGUCCAAAUACUUCAUGAGCCCAAACAUUUGCAGACCAAAGACAAAUACCACAGCUGUUAUAGACAAUAAUGUGUGCCUUAUUUUUAAUUUGCUCUCUUCCAAUGGUUUAAAUUAGUUUUUCCUUGCCUUUCGGCUCUGCAAUUGGACUUGCUUUGCCAAAUGUAAAAGGGACCCAUUGCAAAGAAUUAUGAUUUCCCUUUUUAUUGUUAAUUUGCCAUGUGCAACACAUCUUAAUAGCCAAGCCUUUGAUUUUAACAGUUAAAUCACUUACUGAAAUAAAGUUUUAAAUCAUACUAUAACUGCAUUGAGUUAAUUUGUCCCUAUAGGGAGAAUAAUUACAUAUGGGAAUUGUAGCUUUACUUAA